UAUAUAAUAAUACAACAAAAUCAUGAGACACAUAUCCUCAAUUAUCAUCCAAGAUAUCAAAGAAAACCAUAAAAUUAUUCAAAAAAAAAAAGCAGUGGCCCCUCAGUGCCCCUCACUCACUGUUUUCAGGUGUCCUGUUCAUCAUGUAAUAACUCACCAAAAGGAAGGGCAUUGUAGUAAAAUCCCACACUCCACUGAAAUUUCAGAGCCGUCUUCUCCACUUCCUCUCCACUUCCUCUGCAACUCUACUUCCCAGACUUCCGUUUCUUUUGGGAAAUGGCCUCGUUUCUCACUUCCAAGAGUUUCAAGCCCCACGUUUUCCCUUCCGUUUUCCUUCUUGUUUCCUUUCUUCUUCUUCUCUUCUAUACACUCCAACGCAUUUCCUCUCCUUCUCAUACUGCUCCUCUUCGUUCCCGGAAUGCCCCUGCGACGGCGGCGGCGGCGGCGGAGGCGGAGGCGGAGGCGGAGGCUCAACGCCUCUUCCUGUCCCUCUCCGCCGGGGCGAACUCCACCAUCGCUGGCCACCUUCGUGAGCUCACUCGUAAUCCUCACCUCGCCGGCACACCAUCUGCUUCCACCGUCGCUGCUUACGUCUUGUCUCAAUUUCGUUUGGCUGGGCUCAAAACCCUAACCCGAGACUACUCGCCGCUCCUUUCCUACCCCGCCGCUGCCUCGCUCUCCCUCUUCUCCGCUCGCGGAGACCUCAUCAAGGCCUUUCCCCUCUCCGAACCUGCUGAUCCGGAGUCCCGCACUGUGCCGCCAUACCAUGCGUACUCUCCAUCCGGAUCCACACUGGCGCCGGCGGUAUAUGUGGGUUAUGGCCGGGAGGAGGAAUAUGGUGAGUUGGAUCGCAUGGGGGUGAGCGUGAAGGGGUGUGUAGCGGUGGUGAGGAGUGGACGGGGAUACCGAGGGGCAGCGGUGGAGAGGGCAGCUAGGAAAGGCGCGACGGCGGUGUUGAUGUUCGGCGCUGGCGAUGGAGGCGGGGUGGAGAGGGGAAUGGUGAUGCUGCGGGGUGUUGGGGACCCGCUGACGCCGGGGUGGGCGGCGGAGAGCGGAGAUGGAGAGGUGGAGAGGCUAGGGUUUGAGGACGAAGAAUUGAGGCGGAGAUUCCCGACCAUUCCGUCGAUGCCGGUGGCGGUGGAGACGGCUGCUGAGAUCCUGAGAACGCUGGGUGGGCCGCCGGUGCCGCACGAGUGGAAGGAAGGGCUGGGGCUGGAGCUCGGUGGGGUCGGUCCCGGCCCCACUCUGGUGAACUUCACCUACCAGGAAGAUAGGCGGUUGGCGACAAUUCAAAAUGUCUUUGGUGUGAUAAUGGGGCAUGAGGAGCCUGACCGCCUUGUCAUUCUUGGAAACCAUAGAGACGCAUGGACUUAUGGUGCCGUUGAUCCCAAUAGUGGGACAGCUGCCAUGCUUGAUGUAGCUCGUCGUUUUGGUAUUCUGAUGCGAUCUGGAUGGAGGCCUCGGAGGACAAUUGUUCUUUGCAGUUGGGAUGCUGAAGAGUUUGGAAUGAUUGGAUCAACUGAGUGGGUUGAGCAGAACUUGGGGAAUUUGGGUUUCAAAGCUGUUGCAUAUCUUAAUGUUGAUUGUGCAGUACAAGGCCCUGGUUUCUUUGCUGGGGCAACUCCCCAAAUAGAUGAUCUUUUGUCUGAAGUCACAAAGCAGAUCAAGGAUCCGGAUUUAGAGCAUAAGUCUCUCUAUGAAACAUGGGUGGCAGAAAAUGGAGGCAUCAGUAUUGAGAGGCUUGCUAGAGCAGAUUCAGAUUUUUCUGCAUUUCUACAUCAUGCUGGAGUUUCUUCUGUAGACAUGUAUUUUGGGAAGGAAUCCCCAGUCUACCAUACUUCGUUAGACUCCUUCAUAUGGAUGGAGAAACAUGGAGAUCCAUUGUUUCAUCGUCAUGUGACUCUUGCUGAAGUAUGGGGUCUCUUAGGCCUUCGCCUAGCAGAUGAUGCAGUUCUGCCAUUCAACUAUCUGUCCUAUGCUGCCCAGGUGCAGGAUCAUACAAGUGCAUUGGGUGCCUUGCUGGAUGAUGGGAUAUCUUUACAAGCCAUAAAUAGGUCCCUCCUUCAACUAACUGCUGCAGCGAAAGAAGUUCAGUGUGCAGCAGAGAAACUAAGAAAAGGUAAAACUGAAGAGGAUGGGUUGGGAGAACUCCAUAGACGUGCUUUUAAUGAUCGCCUUGUGCUUGCUGAGAGAGGUUUCUUGGAAGAACAAGGCCUCAAGAGCAGAAGAUGGUUUAAGCAUGUGUUGUAUUCACCUCCCGAAGACUAUGAAAGCAAGUUUUCCUUCUUUCCGGGGAUUGCUGACGCCCUUUCUCGGCGCAAGAAAAAUUCAGGUAUAGAUGUCACAAAAGAAGUCCAGCAUGAGGUAUGGAGAGCAGCCAGAGCUAUUCAAAGGGUUGCUAGCGUCCUUAGAGGAGACAUUCCUUGGAGCAGCUGACAUGAAAGAACUGGACUAGCCUACUAUAUAAUUCAUAUUUCUAUUUAUAUACAUGAUAUGUGUUCAAACUAAUUUUCAGAUCUCCCCCUUUUUGUUCAACUAUGCAGCUUAAGAUAUGUGUUGAUCCCUCUUCAGAUGUUGAGUAUACUAAGAAGUUUGGGUUCAAAUGUCUUUAUUGUGCUGCAAAACCCUAACCUUAAAAAGCUUCUGUUCUGUGAAAUGUGU